AUGGAUUCAGCUUCAGUUUCAGCAUCACAAAUUACUGCCAAAUUGAAUCUGAAUUCCCACCCAGAAGGUGGAUUUUACUCAGAAUCCUUGAGAGAUUCUUCCAUCAUUCUCCACACUUCUCAGCUUCUCUCCCAAUGCAUACCACCAAUCUGUUCACAAUUUUAUUACGACCCAUCACAAAACAAGAAUGGUACCUGCCCAGACAUACGCAUACCUAUGUGUCGCUCCAUCUGUCGCUACUCUUUAUCACCACCACCACCACCACCACCACCAGACCCUCCCUCCCCCACACUUUCUUGCUCUCCAAACACCCCCAAAAAAUUCCCUCUCAAAUCCAUCAUCCCUCUUUCCAUUCUCACUGCCAUUUUCCUCCUCCUCUGUUUCCACAUAAUCUACAAACACUACAAGAAUAGGCAAAGAAACCGAACAAUAUCAUCAUCAUCACCACCACCACCACAACAAGAAGAGACCCAUUAUGAUUUUCUUGAUCGUGGACCAGUGUUGGAUCAUCCGAUUUGGUACAUCCGAACCAUUGGUUUGAACCCAUCGAUCAUCCAUUCAAUUCCAGUUUGUAAGUAUAACGGAGUCGAUGGAAUUGUUGAAGGAACAGAAUCACACAUCAAUUGUCCCCUUUGUCGAGCCGGUAUUGUCACUAACCCGGCCAGAUUGCCAACACCAUCGCCGGAGCAGAGUGUUCAGAAUUCGAUUGUUUGGGAGGAAACCCGGGCUGUGAUUCCAGAGGGUAGUGGUGAAUUGAGGAGAGAAACAGAGGAAGGAGGUGAAUUAGGGGUUGAAAGUGGAGAAAAGAGACAUGAAACUGUGAAGCAAGAGGUGGGUGAUGAGAUUCGACCAACGAGGAGAUCUGUGCCUGUAGAUUUUUCGUCGGCUUUAGUGAUUAGUGCUGCUAUGGGUAACGCACAAUAUGAAGAAUAUGAUGGGAAUGCAAAUUCCCAAUUGGUGAAAGUGAAGGAAUUUGCUAUGGGUAAUGUUGCAAAGAAGGUUGAGGUCAAUCAGAGGUUGAUGAGAUCAAUGGGUGAUUCCUCAAUUGGGAGAUCUUUGCCAAAAGGGCCUGCUUUGAUGAAGAGAUCAGUAUCCUGUUGUGAGAAGGCUUCGUUGAACCGGCACGGGUAG